CGUUUCCCUACUCAACCACGAAUCAUUGAUUAUGGCUGACAGGAACAAAGAAUCAUCAUCGAAUACUGCUGCUUCAGAUGCCGCCGGGGAAACAUACGCUUCGCGAAGCGAUAUAGUGGAAGAACCUUUGGUCAUACUCUCUGACAGCGACAUUAAUGACAACAACCAAUCAAAAUCAACAUCUACUGUCACCCAUGCCGGUCUCUCAUACGCCGUUUCUGGCAGGCUGGUCCUCGGUUUGCUUGGUUGCAUGUACUUUUUGGCCUUUUACGGAGCCUAUCAGCAAUGGGAGGGCCUAAUGGGAAGCCAUGGCUUAAAUCCUGUCUAUUCCUACCUCGAAACCCAGAGGAAAAAAACCUACGGGUGCACCAUCAAUCCAAAAAGUCUACUGAAGCUCGAAAAUUAUUAUUCAGUAGAGCAGUUUUCGAAUUGUUUGAAGGGAUUCGUAGACCACCCGUCUCUCUUUUGGUUUUUCGAGCACAGUGACCGAGCCAUGCGGACCCUCGUCUUGUCGGGCAUGACCCUUAGCGCCUUAUGUAUCUUGGGCUCUACCAGUAUGGCACUCAUGGUCGCCCUUUGGCUGUCAUAUUUUUCCAUUGUAACGUCUGCCGAAAUGAGUUCCUUUUAUGCGUAUGGAUGGGAGAGCCAGCUCCUGGAGACGGGGUUCCUGGCAAUAUUUUUGUGCCAGAAUUGGCUGCUACCACAUCGAUUGGCGGCGAGUGACCAACCGGCAGCGCAACCAGAAGCAUCCCCGUUGGUGUGGUAUCUAUUUCGGUGGCUCUGUUUUCGGAUAAGUAUCGGUGCGGGAAUGAUCAAGAUCCGUGGGGAUUCCUGCUGGACUCAAAAGACGUGCCUAUUAUACCACUUUGAAACGCAGCCGAUUCCAAGUCCGCUUUCCUUCGUCUUUCAUUUCUUGCCUCAAUUUGUUUUGAAGCGAGCCGUUGACCUCGAUUUGUUUGUCCAGGUCUAUACCAGUUGGUUUGUCUUAUUGCCGACUACAAACGUGGCGCCGUCGUCAUUAUGGUCGAAAGCCUCGUUGGUAUUGGUGCGGUUGGGGGGAUGGAUUCAGGCCGGAUUUAUGAUAAAUAUUGCGUUGUCGGGAAACAUGUCUAUGCUGAACCACCUCACGAUUAUUCCAGCACUGGCGUGUCUUGACGACAAUUGCUAUCCGGUGUGGAUUCGCCGACGAUUUUCCGGUCUGACUGCACACAACAACAAAACGGCAGAGAUUGGUAUGAAAGAUGACGACACCGUUGAUAUCAGCACUGAAUCCUUACAAUCGCAUCGAUGGAGGUGGACUAGUUUCCGUCUCUGGAUCGAUGUUGGAUUGUUUAUGAUGAUUUUGGUUUUGUCGAAGCCGACUGUGGAAAACUUACUACAGCUAAACAGCAGGCAAGCAAUGAACGCGAGCUUCGAUUCCUUCCGGUUGGUCAACACCUACGGUGCUUUUGGUAUGUAAGCAAUUCUUGUUUGUCUUGAUUAUGUAUCAAUGUUUUUCGUCCAGAAGAACAUGUUUAAGCCAAUAGCACAGAAUUACAGCUGCCUGAAAACAAAUCUUCGUUCAUAUUKUUUUAAAUCUGGCUAUCUCUCCAUAAUACAAACGCACGAAAAAUAGGAUCCGUUGGCAAGCAGCGCUUCGAACCAAUUGUCUCUAUCGCCUACAAGAUAAACCAAGCAGGGGACGACGGCAAAGAACCAUUGGAGUGGAUCGAAAUCGAAUUUCCAUGUAAGCCUGGAUCGAUCCAUCGGAGGCCGUGCUUCUGCGCUCCGUAUCACUACAGGCUAGAUUGGAACAUUUGGUUCAUCGGAUUCCCACCCCAUGACUACUACCUCAACAGGCGAGAAAAAUGGCUCUACAUUCUCUUGCUCAAAAUCCUAGGCAUGGAAGGAAGCAAGCAACCGACAACAAAGACAAAACCAACACCGCCGUGGUUAAAUUUGUUGGAUCCGGUUUCGGUCGAACUUCUGAAACAACGGGGUCCUCCUCUGUAUGCGAAGGUGGACAUGUAUCACUAUGAAAUGGCCGCUCCCUUGUGGAAGAUCGCAUCUGAGUAUUUUAAUGGUGUUUUCAGUGACAGCAGCAAGGAUGGUGGCUACAAGAUUCAAUGGUGGAACCGUUAUUUUAAAGAGAACUUAGUACCAGUUGUAACUGUGGAUGGCAAACGAGACCAGCUCUAUCUUGCAUCAGCUUAGCUAGUGAGGUUGUUCAAAAUAUGCUUUUGGAUCAAUGAUUGGGGUAGCUGUCUUGAGGAUCAGAUCAACUGCUGGGACGCAAAAGAAGAUUGAAAUUGUGGUUCUGACCGAAACACAAGGUGUGAAAGUAUCUUUGAUUGUAAYARUACCAACGGCAUGUWAAAUUGUUUUGGCAUCGAAAUUAGUGUAGUUUUACUUGCCAAUUGGAAAAUUACUGUAACUUCUGACAUGAAUGUUGACAAAUGCAAACAGCGUAUGGUGUUUCCUACGUAUUACGCUACAGGAAAUAAAUAAAGUAAAUGUAG